AUGGAUUUUAAAGACGUCAAGGAUAUAAAUACUCGAUUCCCUAGAAGAAAUUAUUAUUCAGAUACUAUUACAGGCACAAAACCAAUUGGUUUACCUACUCCCCCGAGAAGAACCAACCUGGCAUCGCAAAUUCUCACCGAACGGCAUAGCCCGAUUGUAAAAGGCAUUAAAAUACAAAAAAUGCAAGCUGUCCUUGGCGCAGCUGAGCGAUGGAUGACUUUCCCCGAAGAUAAAUCUAUCACGUUUCCGGCGGAAACCUUUUUACCAAAAGUACAAAUGGCAUAUACUGUCGACCCAAACAUUCCGCCGCGCAACGUUGAAAUGGAAAGAAGACGAAGAAUAUACAAAAAUCUCAAGAUAGAAGACAUCUUAAAAGCAGAAGGUGUCAAGUCACACGACAUGUUGCCGUUUGAGAAAAUUUGCCCGCUACUUUCCUAUGGAGAGAAAUAUGAUUUGUAUUCCAAGACAAGUUAUUUGCCAUUAGAACUGUUCGACGAUGAAGAAUACGAUUGUAGAACGGCAGAAGAAUGGAUAAAUCUGGGCAUCAUCAAUGGUGUUCGUUAUCCGUUACCGGCUACAGUAUUUGUCGAAAGGAUUAUAGAUAAGAAAUGGCUAUUUGAUCGUGAUGAUAAUACACUGAAUGAUUUGUUUGGUUGGUUUCACGCUGCCGUUAUGGAUUACGAUAAUGAAAGGAAUGUGUGGACUGUUCUCACUCUAGACGGUUUUAAGCGAACAUUUCUUUUGCCUAGGAUAUACAUUCUAUUUUUUGGAGAAGAUCCUAGAAAAUUUGCCAAGAGGAUAGCUGCUGCCAUCAAACAAAGACAAAUCGCGGAGACUAGUAUUAGGUAUCACUUUUAUUUGGAUUGCAUGCUAGUAGAAGGUAUGCCGACGCUGGAUGAAAGUCAACAGAAAGUUAUAAUCCUAUCGGUCACGCGAGAAGGUUUCUUAAAAUGUGAAUCCAAACAUCUUUCGAACUUAAUGGACGAAAUUAUUUUGGAGUAUCGCCGCGUUAUGUGCGACCUUAUGUGGAGAUCUCUCAUAAGGAGACAGCCGGAAACGUUUAAUUUCAUUAUGUGGAAUGGAAUUGAUGACAUCCACGAGCUUAAGACACCAGAAAUGGGAAAGUUAUGCACCGAAAUGAAAGACUUCGCGGCGACCAGAAAUAUUUUUUAUCGGAUAAUUUUAUACGUUUUGCCGGAAGUAUACGAGGCUAUGGGAUGCGUAGUCGUCGAAUGCAUCAACAUAUCGAAUAUGAAUCUCUUUGUCUCGAAUUACGGAAAAUCUAUGCACCUGUCGGAGUUCGAAUCGCAACAGCAACACGAGACUGGUACAGUGAUAAAAUAUCUGAAAGAAACGUGGUUGGAGAGGAUUACACAGUCGGUCAGACUGUGUUUAAGAGAUGUCGGCAAAGGAUGGUUUGAUCUCGAGCAAAAGAACCAUGAUAUAUAUGAUGUAAUGAAAUUAAAGCGAUUUAUGGAUCUUAUUGUACAUCGAAUGCAGUAUGCACUUCGGGAUCUCGUAAAGAAAUCGAUUGUCUUUUAUUUAGAAAUACUGGAAACUCCAGCUCUUUGUACAUUAAAUGUGGAUGAAAAUUUUGUAUGGGGCGAUGAUCUUGUAAACACACACUUUAAGUCUCCAAUGAAUCCUAUCUUUAAUAUUGAUAUUGCCAUGAAUGAUGAAACUGCUUAUUAUUUAACGGACCUUGAAUCAUUUGAGGAAAUCAUCAUAGCCAUAUUAGACAAUUCUUUAAGCCAGUGUCAUCUAAUUAGACAAGUUCAUCCUUUCUUGUUACCCUUCCUGAAAUUUCCCAAAGAUCUCUAUCUUAGCUCGGUCGGCUUACUAGAAAAUCAGGUUUGCGAAGUUCGAGAACGCUUGAGAAUCGCUUAUCAGAAAUCUAUAAUAUCCCUAAAAGCAUACGCGAGCGAGUAUCAGCAAUAUUUAGAAAUUUACAAAUUGGAUGUCGAGAAAUACGUGGAGGAUUUUAAAAAAGCAGAUCACACCGCCGCGGAAGUUCGAGAUGAAGUAUCCUUCCACUUUAAGAUGAAAUCGAUCCUCGAGCUCGCACUACCGAAAGACAUUGUCAUAGGACCCUUUAACGUGAAUGUCCGUCCUCUCAGGGAAUUUCUUAUACAGAAACGACAGAACUGUUGCACGCAGUUACUUAUUAUGUUUACCGAGAGCUUUAGAACGAAAAUCGAUACUGUUCUGUCUAAUUACAUGCAGAUCAGAACAAGACUAAGGGUAACGCUACGUAAUAUUGAGCACUUGUUCGAAGAGCGGGAUUGGAUGGAGAUUAUACCACUAACGGUGAAAAAUCUGAAUGAAAUCGUACAAAAACUAAAGUAUGAAUACGAUAUUCUUGAUCACUUCUGGUGGAAUCUAUCCGAUGAGGACUUCGAAGCCAAAUGGCAAGCUAUUGGUUUUCCUCGGCAAGUGCAAUUAUCUAUGGAAGAGGCAACGAAUCGCUUUGCCAGUGAAUAUGAAAAAUUUCAUAAAGUACAAGUGCAGGAAGAGAUUCUUUUAUCGGAAAGGAUUGACACACUCGUAGGAAACGUUACAAAUGUGACACUGCAAACAGAUAUCAACAAAGUACACGAAAUGGCUGUAGAAGUGAAGAGGAUAUGGAAAAUAAUGAAAGAUUAUCAAGAAUCGGGUUUAUUGCUGAACGAACGACAAAAAUUAUUCGGCAUGGAUGUUAUACCAUUUGAGCAAUUAAAUCAAUUGAUGAAAGAUUUCGAGCCGUAUCAAACCUUAUGGAUCACUGCAUCCGAUUGGUUAAAAUGGCAGGAAAUAUGGUUAGAGAAUCCUCUGAUAAGUCUCGACGCGAGUCAAAUAGAAAGUGUGACUACCGACAUACACAAUGCUAUGUCGCAUUGCGUAAAAGUAUUUCAAGAAAAUCCAAAGAUGGCUGCUAUAGCGUUCACUAUAAGGGAUCAAAUCGAUGCGUUCAAGCCCUAUGUCGGCAUAAUACAAGCUUUACGAAAUCCAGGAAUGAAAAAUCGACACUUUGAGAAACUUACUAAAGAAACUGGUAUACCUAUGGCACUCACGCCAACCUUGAAUUUUAAGAGCUUACUUGUUCUCGAUGUAUUAAAACAUGAGGAAACUAUAAAAGCCGUCGCAGAUACUGCGGCAAAAGAAUUUUUGAUAGAAAGUACAUUAGAUAAAAUGAUGACCGAUUGGAAAACAAUCACAAUGGAUGUUUUUCCUUAUAAAAAUACAGAUAAAUAUAUUAUAAAGGUUUCUGACGAGGUCAUUACUCUCUUGGACGACGAUAUGCUUAAAACUCAACAUCUUAGUUUUAGUCCUUUCAAAGCUGCUUUUGAGAGUCAAAUCGAUGAAUGGGAAGCUAAAUUGAGAUUAAUUCAGGAAGUGAUUGCGCAGUGGAUGAAAGUGCAAAAGCAAUGGAUGUAUUUGGAACCAAUAUUCGCUUCUGAAGAUGUUAAUCGGCAGUUGCCGGUGGAAUCACGUAAAUUCAAUACAAUAGAGCGCAACUUGCAGCGAAUUACAAAAAACGCUCGCGAUUGUCCAUACGUAAUUAUAACAUGCGCGGAUAAGAACCUGUUUCUAAACUUGAAGGAAUGUUUAUUGCUCCUAGAAACUGUUGUGAAAGGUUUAUCUGAUUAUCUGGAGACCAAACGAAUGAUCUUUCCGCGUUUCUUUUUCCUGAGCGACGAUGAACUUCUGGAGAUAAUUGUUCAAUCCAAGAACGUCGAAGCGAUACAACCGCAUUUGAAGAAGUGUUUCGAGAACAUAAGAGAAUUGAGAUUUGAGAAUCCAAAUCUUAGGAUAACGAGAAUGUAUUCUGCCGAGUACGAGGAGGUCGUACUACGGCCGACGAUCUAUCCUGAGGGAAAUGUGGAGAAUUGGUUGGGACAAGUCGAAGAUGCGAUGCGCAAUACUCUGCGAGAGAUUAUCGGCGAGGCUCUCGAAAUAAUAGAAACGAUACCGCGCAAGGAAUGGGUGUACAUGUGGCCAGGCCAGGUAGUUCUUUGCGGAGGUCAAACACAUUGGACUGCCCACGUGGAGAAAAGUAUCACGAACGAUACUCUGCUCGACUAUUAUAAUUUGAUGUUGUUGCAGCUCGAAGAAUUGCAAAAAUUAAUAUGCGGUUCGCAAACUGAGGUACAGAGAUUGAUGCUGGAGGCUGUAAUCACAAUUGAAGUUCACGCCAAAGAUGUUUUAUAUAAAUUGAUCCAAGAGAAAGUAACCAAUGUCAAUGAUUUUGAAUGGAUUUCUCAAUUACGAUAUUAUUGGGUUGAUAACAAGGAUUUGAAAAUUCGUGCGAUAAACGCUGAAUUUUCAUACGAAUAUGAAUAUUUAGGUAAUAAUGGAAGAUUGGUAAUUACACCAUUGACUGAUCGUUGCUACCUCACUCUUAUCACUGCAUUGCAUCUGAAACUCGGCGGUGCAUCAUCUGGUCCGACAGGCAGCGGGAAGACGGAAACCACUAAAGAUCUCGCGAAAGCAUUCGCGGUUCAGUGCGUGGUUUUUAAUUGUUCCGAACAACUGAAUUUUCGAUCUAUGGGCAAGUUUUUCAAAGGACUCGCCAGCACCGGUGCGUGGACGUGUUUCGACGAACUUAAUCGAAUCAAUAUUGAGGUUUUAUCCGUCGUAGCACAGCAAAUCAUGACCAUUCAAAGAGCACAACAAUUACGAGCAAACAAAUUUCUUUUUGAAGAAGUCGAACUUACGUUAAAGCAGUCCUGUGCUGUAUUCAUCACUAUGAAUCCUGGUUAUGCUGGUCGAACGGAAUUACCUGACAAUUUGAAAGCACUUUUUCGGCCAGUGGCUAUGACGGUGCCAAAUUAUGCUCUUAUUGCUGAAAUAUCUUUGUUCUCGUAUGGCUUUGUGGAUGCCGGAAACCUUGCCAGAAAAAUUACGACAACUUUUAAGCUGAGCUCGGAGCAACUAAACACACAAGAUCAUUACGACUUUGGUAUGCGUGCAGUAAAGACUGUUAUUGCGGCUGCUGGCAAUUUGAAAAGAGAGCAAAAAGAUCUUGCAGAGGAUCAAAUUUGCCUGCGUGUCUUGAAAAACGUAAAUGUUCCCAAAUUGUUGAAGGACGAUUUGAAAUUGUUUAAUGGCAUUAUAUCAGACCUCUUCCCAGGACUCAUUGAAAAACCAGUGGAUUAUGGGAUCUUAGAAGCAACCAUUCAUAGAUCUAUUAAGCAAAUGGGUUUAGAAGACGUCGAUGACUUCGUGAGAAAGGUAGUGCAGCUGUACGAAAUUACUUUGAUGCAUAACGGAUUGAUGCUUGUGGGUCCAACCGCGUCGGGAAAGACUACGUGUUACAAAGUCCUAAAGCAAACGUGUACAAGUUUGAAAGGUCAAUUACAACCAAAUGGCAAACCGUUUACAACAGUUAUCACAUAUGCGUUGAAUCCAAAGGCUGUAACAAUGGGUCAACUGUAUGGCGAAUAUAAUUCCGAUACACACGAAUGGACAGACGGAAUAUUGCCAACUUUAAUACGAGCGGAUAUAGCAACGGCGGAUUGUGAUAAACGUUGGUAUAUUUUUGAUGGACCAGUCGAUCCAGUAUGGAUCGAAAAUUUGAACACCGUCCUGGACGACAAUAAAAAGCUUUGUCUCGCGUCGGGGGAAAUAAUGAAAUUAUUGCCGUCUCAAAUUAUGAUAUUUGAAGUAUCAGAUCUUCGAGUAGCUUCACCAGCUACAAUUUCUAGAUGUGGUAUGGUGUAUAUGGAACCAGAAAAUUUAGGUCUACAACCUUUAAUCGAUUGUUGGAUACGGUCAUUACCAACGGUAAAUUAAAUGAAGGAUUACAUUGAAGAAAUAAUUGAGUUAACAACUCAACUGGUGCUUCCCGGUCUAAAGAUUGUACGUCAGAAUUUACGAGAGAUCGUAAGAACCGUAGAUUCUGCCAUUGUUCAAUCUUAUAUAAAUCUAAUGAACUUCAGAAUUCGACCGAUGACCGAACGUGAAGGAAAAACGCCACCAACGGAUUUGAUAUCACCAUGGGCAGCUUUCGCCAUUGUUUGGGGAUUAGGUGCAACUUGCGAUUACAAAAGCCGUUGCAUAUUCAGUGAUUGGUUGAAAAAGGUACAAAAGGAUGCAAAACAUAAAAUACCAUUUCCAGAAGAAGGUCUUGUGUUCGAUUAUAGAUUACACGAUGGUGGGUUCACUGAUCAAAUCGAGGGUCAGGAGCCAAUUCUACCGAAGUGGUAUAAAUGGUUGGACGGAAUUUCAUCUAUCAGAAUAAAGCCAGAAACAAAAUACAUGGAUAUCAUAAUUCCAACUAUGGACAACGUACGAAGCGCGACGUUAAUCGAAUAUCUCCUCAUUAACGAGACAAAUGUACUUUGCGUGGGUGCAACCGGAAGCGGCAAGACUUUGACGGUGUCAGCAAAACUGUCACGUAACAUGCCGAAGAAAUACAUUUGCAAUUUUAUGACGUUCUCAGCGCAAACCACGGCGCAUGAGACACAGGAUUUAAUUGAUGCAAAAUUGGACAAGCGACGUAGAGGUAUCUACGGGCCGCCGAUCCUGAAAAAGCAAAUUUUCUUCAUCGACGACUUGAAUAUGCCUGCACUGGAUACAUAUGGCGCUCAACCAUCGAUUGAAUUAAUUCGCCAAUUUAUGGAUUUUAGCGGGUGGUAUGACAAGACGGAAAUCGGGUCCUUCAGACUGAUCAAGGACGUAACUUUCGUCGCAGCUAUGGGACCUCCUGGUGGGGGAAGGAACCCAAUAACUGCCAGACUUUUACGGCAUUUCCAUAUUAUUGCAUUCCCAGAAAUGGAGAACGAUGCACAAUAUCAUAUCUUUAAAACGAUUCUUGAUUCGUGGCUGUCAAACACACCAGAACUUUACAAUCUACUGGAUGAUGUAGUGGACUCCACUUUAAAAGUGUUUACAAUUAUACGCAGCGAAAUGUUACCAAUCCCCAAUAAAUCGCACUACACCUUCAAUCUUCGAGAUCUGAGCAAAGUGUUCCAAGGCAUCCUUAUGGCAGACGCAAGAAAAAUACUAAUUCGCAAAAAGUUGUUAUUACUUUGGUAUCAUGAGAAUAUUCGAGUCUUCAGCGAUCGCUUAAUUAAUGACGAAGACAAAAAAUGGUUUGAUCAGCUCUUACGCAGUAUGUUGAAGAAUAAAUUCAAUUGUGACGCUGACGAUAUUAUCGGGGAAAAACCGUUGUUUUAUGGCGACUUCUGUGAUCCUGCGGGAGAAUAUGAGCAGAUAAUAGAUAUCGAAAAAAUGAAACGUAUUCUACUCGAUGUUUUAAACGAUUAUAAUGAUUUAACGACAUCGCCGAUGCAAUUAGUACUUUUUGAAGAUGCAAUAAGUCAUAUUUGUAGAAUCACACGGAUACUUCGACAACCUGGAGGAAAUGCCUUAUUGCUUGGAAUGAGUGGAUCAGGACGUCGAAGUCUGACAAGGCUUUCAUCGUACAUCAAGGAAUACAAUUGUUACCAAAUUGAAAUCAGCAAAACUUAUACGAUUCGCGACUGGCGAGAUGACAUCAAGAACAUAAUACUGAAAGCGGGAUUGCAGGAUCAACCUAUUGUCUUUUUGUUCUCUGACAUGCAGAUAAAGAAUGACUCUAUGCUGGGGGAUUUAAACAACAUCCUAAAUAGCGGAGAUGUUCCCAACAUGUAUCAACCUGAUGAAAUAGAUAAAAUAUAUCAAGCAAUGCGAACGCCAGCACGAGAGGCGGGACUACAGAUCAAUAGAAGCAACCUUUUCUCCAUUUAUUUGAAGGCAGUCAGAAGCAACUUACACACUAUCAUUACAAUGAGCCCGAUUGGAGACACAUUUCGCGCUCGUAUCAGACAAUUCCCGGCGCUAGUAAAUUGCUGUACUAUCGAUUGGUUUUGCCCCUGGCCGGAUGCUGCGCUUCAGAGCAUAGCAACGCAUCUUCUGUCGGAUAUAAAAGACGAGUUGACCUCGGAUAAAACAUUGCAGUCUGUCGUAAAGAUAUGCCGGUACAUGCACUCCAGUGUGAUUGACGCUAGUGAUCGCUUUUUGAAGGAACUGGACCGUCAUAAUUAUGUUACAUCUACGUCAUAUAUGGAGUUGCUGUCCAAUUAUCGCAACCUUCUGAAAAAAAAGAAAGAUGAGCUAAGUUCUUCAAUGAUACGUUUUUCCACUGGAUUAAAUAAAUUGGCGAACACAGAAGCAGAAGUGAAAAAUAUACAGGAAAUACUGAAACACAUGAAACCUGAGUUAGAGAAAGCAGCAGAGGCUGUAGCAGGAACGAUUCAUGAGAUUACUCGAGACACAAUUGAAGCAGAAAAGACUAAAACAGUGGCUAUGCAACAAGAAGCGGCGGCAUCAAAAAUGAAGGAAGAGAAUAAAGCGAUCAAGGAUGAAGCAGAGACCGAUUUGAGUGAGGUAAAACCAAUGCUCGAGGCUGCUGAAGCUAGUUUAAAGGCAUUAAGUAGGAACGACAUUACGCAGAUAAAAGCAAUGAAGAGACCGCCAGUAGGAGUGCUCUUAGUGAUUGAAGCAAUGUGUAUUGCGAAUAACAUAAAACCAAACAAGCUUCCUGGGAAACUUCCCGGUGAGAAGAUAUUAGACUAUUGGACUCCUGGAAGUCAAAUGUUGACAGAUCCAAUUUAUUUUCUACACACAAUGUCUCAUUUCAAAAAGGAAGAUAUCACAGAGGAAAUUAUCAAUAAAUUAAAAGAUUAUAUAGAAAAUUCCAAUUUUCAACCAGAUAAAGUACUUCAAGUUUCGAAGGCUUGCCAUGCUCUGUGCUUAUGGAUCCACGCAAUGUACAACUAUUACUUCGUAAAUAAAAAAGUUGCACCUAAAAUGGCAGCUUUGGCAAAAGCAGAGGAAAUUCUGACUGAAAACGAAAUAUCACUCGCAAGUGUUAUGACGAGACUACAGGAGAUACAAGAAGGCAUUGAUAAUUUACAGGAUCAGUUGAAGGCAGAGGAAGCAAAGAAAGCUGAAUUAGAAAGACAGAAGAAACUUUGUGAGGAACGAAUAACACGAGCCUUAAAACUGAUUGUAGGCCUGUCAGAUGAACAGAAACGAUGGACCAUAAUGGUGAACAAUAUAAAAAUAUCUUUAAAAAAUGCUGUUGGUGAUAUCCUUCUGUCAUCAGGUGCGAUUGCAUACCUAACGCCCUUCACGGAUAUUUAUCGCCAAAAUCUCCUGGAGACCUGGUACGACGCUCUUAGUGAAGAUGUUCCUCACACUCCAGGCUGCAAUCCAAUACUAACUCUUGGCAAUCAAAUAGAGAUAAGAAAUUGGCACAUAAGUGGUUUGCCCAGGGAUGCCUUAUCUGUCGAGAAUGCAGUUCUCGUGAUGAAUUCUAAGCGGUGGCCCCUUUUCAUUGAUCCUCAAGCACAGGCGAAUAAGUGGGUACGCAAUAUGUGCAAACCAAUCGGACUUUUUAUUGCAAAAAUGUCGGAUAAAGAUCUAUUAAGUACCAUUGAAAAUUGUGUGCAAUUCGGAAAGCCAUGCUUAAUUGAAAAUAUCAGUACUGAACUAGAGGCUUCCCUAGAUCCUAUUCUGACUCGUGCAUUAUUCAAACACGCCGGACAGCCGAGUAUUAAAAUUGGCGAGAAUAUCGUACCCUACAAUUUCGAUUUUCGUCUUUAUUUAACCACAAGGCUGCCUAAUCCCCAUUAUGUACCAGAUAUAGCGGUAAAAGUGCUCAUAGUCAAUUCCGCGCUGACUGUUGGCGGCCUUGUUGAUCAGAUGCUAUCUCUGGUCACUGUACAAGAGCGUCCUGAUCUUGAACAAGAAAGAAACGCGAUUAUUGUGUCAUGUGCUGAAAUGAAACAAAAGCUGGAGGAGAUUGAGGACAAAAUUCUUUACAGACUCACGGUAUCCGAAGGAUCAAUAAUUGAUGAUAUUGAUCUGAUUUAUACCUUGGAGGCUUCGAAAGCCAAGAGUGAGGAAAUCAAGAUGAAAAUGGAGACCGCUGAAUUUACACAAGCAGACAUUGAUUUAACGAGAUCAUUAUACAUGCCAGUAGCAAAUCGGGCACAAAUAUUAUUCUUUUGUAUCACCGAUCUCCAGCGUAUCGAUAUCAUGUAUCAAUAUUCCCUAGAAUGGUUCGUCGUUAUGCUCAAUAACAGCAUAUCAAAUACCGAAAAAAGCAAUAACAUUAAUAAACGGAUCAUGGACAUCAGCAAAAAUUUCACAUUCACUCUUUUCACGAAUAUCUGUCGCAGUUUAUUCGAAAAACACAAACUGCACUUCGGUUUUCUCAUCUGCUCACGUAUUCUUUUGGACAAUGGUACAAUCGAUCCGAUGGAAUGGCAACACUUUCUUACAACAACUACACCUAUACGGGAAUUACCAAAUCCCGCAUCCGAAUGGAUUACCGCGCGAUGCUGGCAGGAAAUUCAAGCUUUAGAGCGGCUCCCAAAGUUCGACAAAUUCAUCACAUCUUUCCAGUUAUCGUUAUCCCAAUUUAAAAAUAUAUUUGAUACUCAGGAAGCACAUUUAGCACCAUUUCCUCAACCAUGGAAGACGAAACUCGAUGAUUUUGAGAAGUUACUGGUACUCAAAUGCUUACGACCCGACAAGGUCACCAACGCUAUACAAAUCUAUAUGACAAAAUAUCUUGGUCAGCAAUUCGUCGAGCCUCAAACCACAGAAUUAUUAACAAUUUAUAAGGAAUCAUCUAACACCACACCGAUUAUUUUUAUUUUAUCGCCUGGUACUGAUCCGGCCGCAGAGUUGUAUAAGUUUGCCGACAAGUUAAAAAUGGAAGGAAAGUUACAUUCGAUAUCUCUUGGUCAGGGUCAGGAACUCAGGGCACAAGCCAUGCUAAAGAAAUCAGCGGAAAUGGGCACUUGGCUCUUCUUUCAAAAUUGCCAUUUGGUAUCAAGUUGGAUGCCGAAACUCGAAUUUCUCAUCGAAACGUUGUCAUCUGAAAAUACUCAUCAAAACUUCCGAUUGUGGUUGACAUCUGCACCGUCGCCCGACUUUCCCAUCAGUAUCCUUCAAAAUAGCAGCAAAAUGACGGUUGAACCACCGCGGGGCAUAAAGGCCAACAUGUUACGUGCAUAUCUGACGCAAGUCAUGGAAAUGCAAGAAUUUCUGCAACCUGAUCACCUGAAAGCUCUGUCAUUCAAACGGCUUAUAUUCUCACUUUGCAUGUUUCACUCAAUCCUGAUCGAGAGACGGAAAUUUGGUCUCCUGGGUUUCAAUAUAUCCUACGAUUUCACAAACGGGGAUUUAGCUAUAUGUUUGUCGCAAUUGUACAUGUUUCUCAUGGAAUACGAUACUUUGCCUUUCAAGAUUCUCACAUAUACGGCCGGGCAUAUUAACUACGGUGGACGAAUAACAGAUGAUUGGGAUCGCCGAUGUGUCCUGACACUUCUCGAAGACUAUUACAAUGUAAAUGUCGUCUUUCAAGAUUACCAAUUUGACGAACAAGGGAUUUAUCAUCAGUUACCGGCUGCAGCAUCGUUCAACGAUUAUCUAGAAUACAUAAAAGGUUUCCCUUUAAACGACGAUCCAUCACUAUUUGGCAUGCAUUCAAACGCUGAUAUAAGCUGCGCUCAAGCAGAAGCAUAUGCUUGCCUCGCAACUUUAUUAAACAUGCAACCCAGAGAACUUGGCGUUGUUACCGCAAGUGUCGAGGAAGUAACAAGUCAAAUAACUAAGGAUAUGUUGUCCACGAUAUCUGAACCAUUUGAUUUAACCGCAAUGCAAGCGAGGUAUCCUAUAUUGUACGAGGAAUCCUUUAAUACCGUGUUACUACAAGAGGCCAAACGAUAUAACAGUUUACUCGAAAUCGUGCAAUCAACGUUGCAAGAUCUUUUGAAAGCUUUAAGAGGCUUUGUCGUCAUAUCGGAACAGCUCGAAAUGAUGGCUACCAGUCUUUAUAAUAAUAAAAUCCCCGCAAAUUGGGAAAGCAAAAGUUAUCCUUCUUUAAAAUCUUUAGCCGGAUGGUUCAUCGAUUUAAAAGAAAGGAUUAGAUUUAUAAGGGAAUGGCAAGAUCAAGGUAUACCGCCUGCAUUUUGGCUAUCAGGGUUUUAUUGUCCUCAAGCCUUUCUAGCUGGCACGUUACAAAACUUCGCGAGGAAACACGUAGUAUGCGUUGACACAAUCGAUUUUAGCUUCAAGGUUUUGUCUUCCAAACCAACGCAGAGACCAUUGGAUGGCUGUAUCAUUUACGGUCUUUUUCUGAAAGGCUGCCGAUGGGACGGAAACUAUCUCGUAGAGUCUCUACCAAAGGAAUUAUUCGCCGGCAUGCCGCCGAUUCUCUUGUUACCGGAAGUUCAUCACGUAAUUCCGCUUCAUGGAACUUAUAUAUGCCCUGUAUACAAAACAAUCGAGCGGUCUGGAACUUUAAGUACAAUGGGAUAUUCCACAAACUUUGUUUUAGCGAUGGAGAUUCCAAUUAAUGAGCCACAAUCACACUGGAUAAAAAGAGGAGUGGCAUUGAUAUGUACUUUGGAUUAUUAACAUUUCUCUGUUACAUCUAUCACAACAUUUAUGACUUAUAAUUGACAAUUGUUA